AAUGCUCAGAAUAGAAAUUGACCUCUCCCAAGGAGGAACAAUUUAUGAAAUAGAUAAUUUUUUUUUAAUUGGAAAGGUAACGAAAGAUUUCUUACUAAUCAAAUUAAUAAAACUAAAAAGGUCAUUAAGAUCUAUCAAAUUUAAUAGUUAAAAUUCUAUAAAUGGGUAUGGAGAGAAUUAACAGGAGAGGAUCAUGUUGGUCAGGGGUAAUUAAUUUUUAUAAUAAGGCGGGAGGAGGUUGUACAUCUACAUAAGCAAGGGAUCCUCCAUAGUGGGGCUCUGAAUGUUAUGAGCCUAAGAAUGGUAUAUCGCCAACAGGAGUAUUUAUUUUAUGUUGAUUGAUACCUCUCUGUCUGAAUAAGGAUGGAGGAAUUCUAAAAGCUAAGGAACUUUACUAAAAGAAGGUUUACUUAGAUCUUCUGCACAGGCAAAUAGCAGCCUAGUGAACGGUAGGGAAGAUCUAACCUUGGGAACUAAGAAAGG